UAACGGUUUAACCGCUGAAUCAAAAUCAAUACAUAACUGCGUCAACUCUAGCCCGCACUUCUCUAAAUUUCUAAUUUUGAACAGACGCGGAAUUCUCGCUAGAAAUUGCGAAGUGAAGCGUUGCAGUCCUUCAAAUUUCAAAGGAGAGUCUAAGGUGUUGCGGAUCGCUUUUCAGACCGCUUUCAUGGAUUUCUACACAGACAGCUUGCCGCCCUUCACUGGACUUGGGCUUGGUUUCAAUGCAGAAACACCGGGUAUUUCCCGUCUCCUUCUCUUCUAUACGGAAUCAGUGAUUCCAAAUUUGGAUCCGAGUCCCAUGUCACUCAUGCAUAACAUGCAAUUAUCUCUGUGACUUUGAUCAACGCAGGACCUCUAUAGGAUCAUUGUCAUCAAAUACCCCACGGUUUAACACCGCCCAUCUGGGAUGCCCAUUCACUAUAAUAAGACCGACUUUGGUAUCCAUACCGCGCUUUUCAUACCCACACCAUGCCCACCGUCAGUGUCGAGACCCGCAGCGGAAGAGUCGAAUUCAACUAUUACAUAUCCACGCCUGAAGAAACAUCUGCAAAAACAAUCAAGCCGCAUCUACCUACAGUCCUCUUCAUUCAUCCAGGCUACAUUAGUUCAAUCUCAUUCCAUUCUCAAUUCAGGGACACAAGACUCCGUCGAUUCAAUCUGGUGGCUCUGGAUCUUCGGUGCCACGGCUACACAACCGGCGCGCCUGUGAAGUCCCCGUACUCUACGGUAGAAGCUGCGGAGGAUGUUACUAGGUUUAUGGAUGCCGCACGUAUACCACCAAGCCACAUCGUGGCCCUCUCUAUGGGCACCAUGAUAGCCUUCGAGCUUGCCAUUUCAUUUCCGGAGAGGUGCUUGUCAAUAUUCCAACUGUCCCCGCUGGGACUUCCAGAGGCUGAUUCUUUUAGCGAAGGAUUUGAUCAGAUACAUGAUUUAUGGAAGGAGGGAAUGGUACACGGCGACGCUCUUAUGUUGCGAGACUCCCUCAAUGGCGUGAAGCAGUUUGGAUGGAGCGAUCGGGAAUUUGGUUAUGGUGCUAGGUCGUCUCCAUUGGUCGAUGCCACCAUCGAUCUCAUACUAGAAAGGGGCCGCGAAAUAUGGGGACCAUUUCCGGAAGGCGUAGAUCAGUUCAAUGAAACUACCGUCCGCUUCUUCGCAUAUUCGAAGCUUCGGACAGUCGCCGAGUUCGCGAAAAUACGAGUACCAGUAAUGUUGAUUCACGGUGGGGGCGACAUCGUCCAUGAAGUUGAAUACGUCAACGAGUUCGGAAAGUUACUUGAUAAAGCCGGUGUUUCUUGGGAGCUCUCUAUCAUACCACACGCGCCGCAUAUCAUAAAUUCCGAUUUUGGAGACAGUGUGAAUCCUCUUCUUCACGACUUUGUGAUUAAGUCAACGCGUCAUCCUAUGCAACUUUCUUCUCCCCCAAAAAAGGUCCGGUCGCCAUGGGAAGACAUGUUGCGUGAUAGAGGUUACGAAGAUGAUUCGGAUGACGAAGAUCUGAUAUAUAAUCGCCAUGGGCGGUAAGAUGUUCUUGGUUCGUAUGGACACAUUUUCUUGUUGCGCAGACUUGCUGCUUCACAUUUUUGCUUCACCUUGUACCGUGCAUACUAAUAAUUCUAAUACACUUGUAUAGUAAUAUCGAGAAUCAGUGUCGAGAGCACUAAUUUUUCAUUGAC